AAAAGAAAAAAAGCCGGGAUAGGGAUUUGGUUUAGGGCAGUUUUGGAAGACAGUAUAUAAAGAGCGAAUGUCUCAGGGUGCAAAUUAGGGCGUAAAAGAAGAAACGAAGCCGUAGAAGAGGGCUCUUUCUCUGUGGAGCAAACUUAUCCGUACGAACCACGAUGGAUCGGUACCAGAGAGUGGAGAAGCCGAGAGCGGACACGCCGAUUGAUGCGAAUGAGAUUCGGAUUACGAGCCAGGGAAGGAUGCGCAACUAUAUCACCUAUGCCAUGAGCCUGCUUCAAGAGGAAAAAGGUUCAAAUGAAAUUGUAUUUAAGGCGAUGGGAAGAGCUAUCAACAAGACUGUGACGAUCGUGGAGUUAAUCAAGAGAAGAAUUGUUGGUCUUCAUCAGAAUACUUCAAUUGGAUCCACAGACAUUACUGACACAUGGGAGCCCCUGGAGGAAGGCCUCCUUCCAUUGGAAACCACAAGGCAUGUGUCAAUGAUAACAAUAACCCUCUCAAAGAAGGAAUUGAAUACAUCCUCUGUUGGGUACCAGCCUCCAAUACCUGCAGAGCAGGUGAAGGCGUCCACAGAAUUUGAUUAUGAAGGAGAGGGUUCACCUAGAGGUCGAGGCUGGGGCCGCGGUGGCAGAGGAAGAGGAAGGGCUAGAGGUAAUGGUUUCAUGGGGCCUGAUUAUGAGGAUGGAGGUUGGGACCGCAGUCGGGGCAAUGCUAGGGGUAGGGGUCGUGGGAGAGGACGUAGUUUCCGUGGCCGUGGAAGAGGAUGGUACAAUGGACCUCAAGGUGAUACACAACAAGAUGGAGGCCGUGGAAGAGGAUGGUACAAUGGACCUCAAGGUGAUACACAACAAGAUGGAGGAGGCCGUGGAAGAGGAUGGUACAAUGGACCUCAAGGUGAUACACAACAAGAUGGAGGAGGCCGUGGAAGAGGAUGGUACAAUGGACCUCAAGUUGAUACACAACAAGAUGGGGGCCGUGGAAGGGGAUGGUACAAUGGACCUCAGGUUGAUACACAACAAGAUGGAGGAUACAAUCGUGAACCACCUGUUCAAGGCCGCGGUCGUGGCCGUGGGAGGGGAAAUCGUGGAAGGGGCCGUGGCUUUAGAUCUAAUGGGCCGAUCCAGGCAGCAGCAUAAGGCAUUGAGUGGGCUUCCAUGAGCACAAUGGAAAUGUUUCAAGUGAUGGAUGCCUUUUCCAAUGUGUGUUUAAUUAUCCUUUGUUAGUUCCUUUUUUUGGGUCUCGGACUAGUAUUAAUUGUAGGACAUAUUUAUAUGUUAGUGCUGUAGACUGAUAGUUUGGGCUUGCUGCCAUAUGAGGCAAACCCUUUUUAUUGUAGACUUAGGUGAGAUGCUUGAAAGGUUGUAAUUUUUCCAUUUUGACUGAGUAGUGCAUUCUUUUAUUUUUGUUUGGAGAGUUUUUGGUAUCAAAUCCAUGUCGUCUCUUUGAUAGUA